AUGCAGACAGCGAGCGGAAGAUGGAGAGAAAAAGACAAACAGGGAAAAGGCAAUAUAAAAGAAAAGCCGAACGAGGAGAGUAGUGCAGAAGGUGGGAGCACACAACUUGGAUUAUUGGUUAAAAAGAGUGAGAAUCUGGCAGAAUGGUAUUGGCAGAUCAUCACUAAGUCUGAGAUGAUAGAGUAUUAUGACGUAUAUGGCUGUUACAUCCUUCGACCAUGGGCCUAUAGCAUAUGGGGAGUUAUUAAAGAAUUCGUUGGUGCUAAAAUAAAGGAGCUUGGAGUGGAGAACUGUUACUUUCCGAUGUUUAUGUCUCAGGCUGUAUUGGAAAGAGUGAGAGCGUAUGAGCACACUGCACACUUUGCUCCUGAGGUUACAUGGGUGACGAAAUCUGGUUCUUCGGAUUUAUCUGAGCCAAUUGCUCUUCGGCCAACAAGUGAAGCAGUCAUGUACCCAGCAUAUGCUAGGUGGGUGCAGUCACAUAGAGAUCUACCAAUCAAACUGAACCAGUGGUGUAAUGUUGUGAGAUGGGAGUUCGAACAUCCACAACCUUUCCUGAGAACUCGCGAGUUCUUGUGGCAGGAAGGUCACACAGCGUGGGCGAAUGUAGAAGAUGCCCAGGAAGAAGUUAUUACUAUUUUAGAAUUGUACGCACGUGUCUACGAGGAAUUACUGGCAGUACCUGUCAUUAUUGGGAGGAAAACUGAGAAGGAGACAUUUUCUGGUGCGGAAUACACAGCAACUAUUGAGGCUUUUAUACCUGCAAGUGGAAAGGCUAAUCAGGGUGCAACUGUACACCAUCUUGGUCAAAAGUUCUCGAAGAUAUUCGACAUUACAUACGAAGACACCUCACAGCCAAGCAAACAUCAGUUUGUUUAUCAGAAUUCAUGGGGUUUAACCACACGUACUAUUGGUGUACUAUGCAUGAUACAUGGUGAUGACCAGGGUUAUUACUGGCGACCUCAUGUCAUUUGUAAAAUUCAUAAUAAUUUCUGUUCAAUACAGAUUGUAAUUGUACCUUGUGGCGUCACUGUCGACAUGUCAGAUGUGGAUAAGAAUGCUCUUCUUGAUAAAUGUCAGGAUUACGCCAAACUACUCAAAUCGACUGGAAUGAAAUGCAAAGGAGACUAUCGGGAUAACUAUUCACCUGGAUGGAAAUUCAACUAUUGGGAGUUGAAGGGUGUGCCGUUACGUAUUGAGGUUGGACCACAGGAAAUGAAAAAUAAACAGUUUGCAGCUGUUCGUCGUGAUUCUGGAGAGAGGUCCACAUUUCCCGAGGAUGGCGCUGCUGACCAAAUACGUAUUUGCAGAGCCAAUGCUGAUCUAAACAACCAUGUUAAAGACACUAAAGAUUGGAAUGAAUUCUGCACACUAUUGGACAAGAAGAAUAUCAUCAUGUCUCCAUUCUGUGGAGAAAUCGCAUGUGACGAAAAGAUCACGGAGGAGAGUGGGAGGAUUGUUGGUUUAAAUGCAAUGGUACUGAUUACAUGA